GCGGUUUCAGAGCUUCGCCCGGGACGACGAACCGCAGACGACCUGUACGCAAAACUCGGCCGUGCGUUAUCCGGAGGCUACGCUGCCCUCCGAAAGUGUCACUAGAAUAUAAUCCAGGAGGACAAACAAAAAUAGAAAAGGCUUCCUUAGAGAGAUCUUCAUUUACGUACUGUCAUUUACCUACUGUCAUUUACAUACUGUCAUUUACGUACUGUCAUUUACGUACGACAAACGAUACUUUCAUUUUCUCGCGUCGAUUAUUAACAACGGCAACGGCAACAACUAAUCUUCCUUACCCUACAUAACAUAAUAUGUGAUAUAGUGUCGUUGUAAAGGUGCUAACCGAAUAAACUACAGACUUUUACGAGUUGGGAAAAGGAGGGAGGGGGAGAGAAAGAAUAUUGCGAGGUGUCGCUGCUUGUGGAGGUGUGUAGUGGGAAGAGGAAAAGGUGGAAGAAAGACAUGAACGACGUCUGGUAGCGACACCGACUGCGGAGGAAGAACUCGAUGAGAUGACGAAGGAUUAGGAGAAACCGAGAGAAAGAUAGAGCCAUUGAACGCGCGCGCGACCAAUAAAGAAGGAAAGAGAGCAAGAGAGAGAGAGAGAGAGAGAGCGAUACAAAUAGGAGGCUGGAGAGUGGCGUGGUGCACCAGGACGGUGUGGUGCGCGCUGUGAGAUGUCAGUUGACCAUCGGUUGAAGACAUCCACGUUGUCGUCGUCGUCGUCGCCGUCAUCGUCGUCGUCGUCGUCUUCGUCGUUGUCGUCGUCAUCAUGAGGAGAUCCUCUUACGUCAACUAUUACGUCCUGUGCCUCGUCUGUUGGAUUCUUUUGGGUAUUACCGGUGUGAGCACCAGAUCGCAUUCCUUGGUGAAGAGGUUCGACGGGAUUUACACGGGUCCGUAUUUCGACUCUAACUCACCGACGAACAUAACGGCGCAACUAGGUACUCAUGCGUACCUACCGUGCAAAGUACGACAGCUCGGUAACAAAUCGGUCUCGUGGAUCAGGAGAAGAGACUCGCACAUACUCUCCGUGGAUAGGACCAUGUUCAUCCCCGACGAAAGGUUCCAGGCGAUCUUCGCGGACGCGUCGGACACUUGGACGUUGCAGGUGAAGUACGUCCAGGCACGGGACGAAGGGGAGUACGAGUGCCAAAUCUCGACGGAUCCGAAGAAGAGUCACAUUAUCAAGCUCAACAUCGUCGUGCCAAAGAUUGAGAUCCUCGGAGACCGGGACAUGUACGUAAAAACUGGAAGCACGGUCUCAAUACGUUGCAUGAUAAAACAAUCUCUCGAGGGGCCGUUCUACGUCUUCUGGUAUCACGAAGGCGAUCGCGUUCUCAAUUAUCAGCUGGGAAAAAUCGAUAUCCAGACUAAGAGGAUCGAUCACGAUACGGUUAGCAGUCUCGUGAUCCACAACGCCAGGCGGGAGGACUCUGGAAAUUAUACCUGCAGUCCGAGUAAUUUGGAUAGUGCCAGCGUGCAACUUCAUGUUUUGAACGGAGAACAUCCUGCCGCGAUCCAAAGAGGAAUCAGCUCGGCUUGUGGCGGUUGUCAUACACUUUGGUGGUUUGCAGGAGUGGUAACGCUCUAUUCGAGUCACGGAAGUCGGCACUACGUCCUUGUUCUUCUGGCCGUCAUGGUCCUUUACUCGAAAAAUCCAUCUUACUUCACGCCGGAACGAUAAUCAGGAUCAUCGGGAAGGACCAAGCACGAACGAGAGCGAGCGAGCGAGCGAGCUAGCGAGCGUGCGCACGAGAAUCGAUUAUCUUCGGCCAUGAAACGCUGUGAAACUUCUCUAAACGGGAUUUCUCAAGAAAAGAAGGAAAGAAAGAGAAAGGAACAAACAUUUCCAUCGAUCAUUCGAUAUCAUGAAGAAGAAGAAGAAGAAGAAGCUUGAAAAGCGUUAAAGCUAGAAUAUCGUGAUAAGAAUUCAAAGGAAAGAGCAGGGUCGAGGGAGAAUCGAGAACUUCUGUAUGGACGCGUGAAAGAAAGAGAGAGAGAGAGAGAGAGAGAGAGAGAAAGAAAAGAAUAGGACGAGAGUCGACGAGCUCUCGAAGAAAAACGAUCAUCGUUUCUAAAUCGUCGCUGAAGACUGACCGCUCACUUUAUUUUGCAAGCGAGCCGAAAGGAUAAUCGGAGAGUAGGAGAUAGUAAUAAUUGUUGAUCGUUCGUUCGAGUGACGGAUUCGUUCGGAGAAUAAUGGUCUAAUAGAAAAAAAAAAGACAAAAAAGAUAAAGAAAUGGGAAAAAUACAAUAAACAAUCUUGGUAUCUUGAUAUUGCAUAUUUGAAGCACAGUCUUAUCAAUCGUUUAUCAGCAAUAUCAAGAUCCAAAAUUCUUCCCGCGGGAUGAAAUUCUAAAAUUAUUAGAGAUGCAUUUCGUCUAUCGAGACAGUAUGAUCCGGCCGUUAGUAUCUUAGGAAUUAGAUAACUCGUGACGAUUUUUCGUUGGAUUCGCGCGAGUUUUCCUGGCAGGUCGUCACCUCUCACGACCUUGCCAACUUGUAUACAAGGACGUAUUACGCGAGGAUCGUGACUCAUUUCGUUAUUUUAAUAAACAACGGAACGGAGAACGUACAGAACCACCAUCUAUUUUAAAAGGAAACGAAAAUGAAUAAAAAAAAAAUCAAAAAUUGGCAACGAAAAAUUAUAUAUUUGUGAAGCGAGCCGAUAAGCACAACGAUCGUUAUUUUCUUUGCUUUAGACACUAUCUUUAUCACGAUCUUCUCGUUUUCGUGCUCCCAUCUUUAUAGAGAAAGUUUAAAGAAAUAAAAAUAAAAAAAGUAAAGUAUAAAGAUCUCGAUAACGAGAUGCCCCCCGAUAAUCGAUGAUCGCGCGUCACUAGAACGAUCGUGGAAGUCCUGUCGAGGUUAUUGAAGGGUAUCGUAAUUUCUGUUCAUUACCGACUAGAUGAAGUUACCGAGUCGGUGGUAGUUAAUUAUGGAAGGAUCACGAGAAAGAGUGCGAAAGAAUGAAAGAAAAUGAGAGCGAGAGAGAGAGAGAGAGAGUUAGAUAGAGAAUGAAUUGAGGUAAAAAAAACUUCGUCCGCGCCACUCGAAAGAAUUGAAACUUGUUCGAUGAAACUUAUGAAGAUGAUGCGAUUAAUUAUAUUUCCAUAACAAUCGAUUAGCGAAGCGUGUCUAUACUCGACGUCCAUACCGUUUUCAUUCCAGGAUCGUAACGAGAGAUCGUACCGCCCCCUUGUGCUCGAUUUUCUUUUUUCAUUUCUUUUUUUUUAUCCGUAUGUAUAAUCGAACCGAGGAAAUCCUUCCUUCAUCUUCGAUGAUGGAUUAGACCUAACGCCAAAAACACCGCGAGAUCAUUUUUUUUUUUAUGCGAGAGAGAAAAUCGAUUUAUCUAUACGAAGACGACAAGCUCCUCCAAUUAACCAAAAAGAAAAGUGUUCAUAUCAAAUGUCGAUGUCGACCCUCCAUAUCAGAUCUUCCUCCGAGAUCGUCUUCGUGAUCUACGUUCGAAAGUUCGCGACGUUUAAUUAAAGACAUUUCGAUAAUUAAAUCUUUCUCGUUAGAAAAAGAAAAAGAAAAAAAAGUUUCUUUUGAAAAAGAAUCGCAUUAAAUUAUUUUUUUGUCAUCCUCGGUCGAUUCAAUUUGUUGGGAGAACAUUAGCGUGCGAGGCAAAAGAUAAAAAAAGCAAAAGAAAUGAAAUACGAUCCUCUCGUAUCGAUCCACGAGAAUGUUAUAGUCGGUAAAAAAGCGCAUUGAGUAUAAACACGAAACAUCGAAGCGUGCCGUGUAACCGUGCGUGCGUGGGUGCGUGCGUGCGUGCGUACGUACGUACGAGCGACUCGUAAUAUAAAAAAUAUCAAAUCUCUCGUUAUUCGUCUUGUUUUAGAAAAUUUUAUUAUUUAACCACCGAAUACGUUCGUUGAUAGAAUGAGAAGAGAAAAAAAAAUGGUUUUCAUUCACGAUCAGCACGGACGGUUACACGCAAUGACAAGGACGGAUAUACAGCUUUUUGAGAAGGGCUCUCUUUCUAUCGAUUUGAGCCCUUUCGUGAGUUUGCUUUAAUUCUCGCGAGUAUUAGAGAAAAAAAAAAGAGUAAUGUUUUUUAUAAUAUUAUAUAAAUAAAUGAAUAUAUAUAUAUAGGUAUAUAUAUACAAACGGAGCAGAUUAAUAUAUAUAUGUAUAUGUAUAUGUAUAUGUGUACGCGCGCAGAUACGUUGCACAAUGGUGUUGAGUAUUGAACAAGUUUCAGCUCGUCGAGUAAACGAGAGGCGACAUCCAACGGAAAGUUACGAUCCCUUCGACGGAGAAAGGGCAUCGUCGUGAAAGUGUCACGAAAAGAUCGUACGGUGUCGGCUGAUGUAUUUAGUAGCACGUAAUGAAAGAAAAAGCGAUGAAAUAUAAUAUAUCUAGUAUGAGAAAGUAAAAGAAAGAAAGAAAGAGAGAGAGAGAGAGAGAGAAAGAGAGAGAGAGAGAGAGAGAGAGAGAGAGAAGAAGAGAAAUAGUAAGAAAAAGACGAACGACACGUUUAGAAUAUCUACGAUUCAUGUGAUUGUAAAUACAUAGUACAUAAAUAACGUAACGUUAACUAACGAUAUGCCGUACGUGUUACACUAAAGAAACAAAAAAAGAUAAAUAACGUUACUGUGUAAUUUUUCGGAUCGUAAACGCAUUGGAAUGGGUCUGGCCGCCUGUGCUAACCGGUUUGAUGUAAUCGCAUAAAAGAAAGGGAAGAUAACAAUAUAAGAGUGAAAGAGAGAGAGAGAGAGAGAGAAAUUUCCCGUAAAAACAAUAGCGAUCUAAUCCCUUCCUAAAAUCGCAAAACAAUAGUAAAACUCAUGAGAAUUUGGAGUCCAUUCUCGUGAAUUUUCUUUUCUUCCACAAAUCGCACUCAGUGCGGGUAAUCGAUCUCUCGGUGAUGAUGCGUAAUUACUCGCAAAAAUGAGACAAGAAAAUUGGCUCCGUGCGCGUGGUUGCGAAAGAGGGAGAGAGAGAGGGAGAGAAAUAGAAAGAAAGGGCAAGAACGAUAGGGAUGCGUUUAUCCUCAAUCGGAUAAAAAGGGUCCGAGGAUAGCACGGGCCGGCCACACGCGACUAGAUGUAACACUAAUUAACGCCUAGCGUAAGAUUUAAACGGAUAUAAAUGAAGAUAUAUUGUCUGAUAUAAUAAAAAGUGCACGUGCGCGAGUGCCUCUGCGAGUGUGUGUAAGUACUUGCGUGCUUGGAUGAUGAAUGUUUUGCGUUGGGAGGAAUAAAAAGGAAACAAAAAAAAAACAGGAAAACGUGUGAGGAGAAUGAGCGUGCGUUCGUUGAAUGUGUAAACGAGCGGUUAAAAGAUAGAAAAGGAGAGAGUUAGAGAGGAAGCGACAGAGAAGGGUGGAUAGAGAGAGGUUGAGGGCGUGGUGGAGGAGGAGGAGGAAAGGAGGGUGGGAGGGAGGUAAAAGUUCGUUGGACUACGCGACAAGGCGUUGGUCGAAUGACGCAUUUUCGAAUAAAAAGGGGCGACUAGGGACGACUUCUUGUAUCUUGUUUUCCUUCUUCCCGCGCCUCGCGAGGCCACUCUUCGUCGACUUUGGUGAUAAAAGAAGUAAAGAGGAGGGAGGUGAUGGCAACAGUAACGGCACCUCGAGGCCACAAUUAAAACACGCGAGCUUCGUUUCACGUUUUUCACUCAGCCUCCCCACGCUGGGUGGAAGAAGGAAAUUUGCAACGUGCUCGUCCUCGUCGCUCCUUUGUUAACGAUCAAGAAGAAGGGAGGAAAAUGUAUGAUGCGUGCGAGAGAGAGAGAGGUAAAGAGGAAGAAAAAGACGAGUUGACAUGAAAUGAGGUGGUACGGUGAAGAGGAGAAAUAAAUAGACACACAUUUACGCAUACACGAUACACGCAUACAUGUAAACAUAAACACGAAUACACGUCGUCUAGGGUACAUAAACUAUAACGUCGUAGGCAGCAUUGAAUUUUUGUACCAACUUCUAUUGUAGCUCUUAAGUGUCGCGAAUUCUUAUGUUCUCGUACGACGACGGUGAGGCCACCGGCGUUCGUUGGUUUUUCGGUUUUCUCGAUUAAACCAAUGCGGGCUACGGACUCGGAGAAGGCAGAGGGUGGAUACGUUUCUUCAUCGAUCGAGAUUAAUUGAUCAUUUUUACAAAUAUCAUCAUCCUUCCUAUUGACGUUCGAAAAAUUCGGGACUCUACUUUUCUCCGAUCGAUCGAUAGAUUUGUUUCGAGAAAGAUCGAUCGAUUAAGAAACGUUGAAAAAGCGCCGAUCCGCGCCCCUUGGUUCAACCACGUCGAUUCCCGAGAGUCGCGGUACGAAUUUCGAGAGAGAGAGAGAGAGAGAGAGAGAGUGAGAGAAUGGUAGGGAGAGAGGAAAAGAGAGCAAUUUAAUUCGAGCGACGCUUGACCGUCCUAAAAGUUCGUCGAUGUGCUCUUACGCGUCUAUAGUCGUGUUUAAAUUUUUGUGAUAGCAUUAACGAGUCGAAUCAGCGCGAAAGAUUCGAUCGUGAUGGUUGAACGGUUGGGAUGAAAAUUGAUUGGUGGCCCGGAACGAUUAAAAAAAAAAAAAAGAAUAAAAAAGAGAGAAAGAUAAAAAGGGCAAGAAAAAAUAACGAAAGCAGCUUUUGGCUGAGAACUUGGCCUUCUGAAAACUGGGUUGUCGAGUAAAGAUUUUAACGCUGAAUUUAGGAAAUUGAGUCUACGCUCUGCUCCGACGCUAGGCCAUUUUUUCCUGUCCAUGUGAACAAAAUUCAAAGUCCGCGUGCGAAUUAUACAAUUUUUCUCUUUACAAUCUUUCGUGAUGAAAAUAAGAAAUUUUUCGCCGCGAGAACUUCGACGUUGAUUCGACCGUAAAGAAUAUGUUUUACGAUCCAAUGAAGGAUCGUUUAAUGGUAAUAGAGCUCUUUCCUUUGCGCGUGUAGCCUGAUCGCUGAAUCGAAAGUACUUUUAGCUGCUAAGAAUCGGAUGGAAGAUCAGACUCGUGGUACACACUUUCGUUGUCGAUCGAAACCCUCGGGACGACGAAACGAUUUUUCUUGCGUUUCUCGUUGAGGAAACGGAAGAAAAAUUGGAAAGGAUCGAAAUUCCCGAACCACUUGGGAGAGUAUCAAGAAAUGAAAAAGGAAGAAAUUUAAAAAUGAUCAACUCGGGAAUUUCAAUCUUAAAUUAUUUAUCGAACGAGCGAUUAAUUAUUUAUCAAGAGUCCUCCGAUAUAACGAUCGUCACGUUAACAAUACGCGGCAAACACACGUAGCGAAGGGUCUAAUUAAUCGUUAAUACGUCAUAUCUGCAAAUUCGAACGUUCGACGAACAAUACGGAUGUAGAGAAAUAAUCUAAGAGCCGAUAUAAAAGAGUCAAGAUCAUACUUUGUCGAGCGAGCGAAUAAGCGGAUGUCGAAUAAAAAUUAAAGAAAAAAAAUAAAAAAAAAGAGAGAAGAAACAAAGAAGAAAAAUCCCUCGAAAAAAGCCUCGUCUCGUGGAUUACAGUUCGUACACCUUACGCGCUUUAUGGUUUAACGAGGAAUAAACUUUAAAGGAUCUACGAGAUGAUGCCGAGGACUGCGAAAAAGAGGACGAAAGGAGAGUGAGCGUGAAAGAACGGCGUGAAAGUCGGGAGUGCCUGGCGGAAUGACUGAGCGAGAGAAAUAAUAAAGGGAAAAAAAAAGAAAAAAAAGAAAUCAAUGUUAAAACCGAUCAUCAUUAUCAAUUCGCAAGUUUAAAAGAAGAAAAAAAAAGAAAAAAAACUGGUCUUCGUUAUCCGCCAUUUUUACACUCAUAAGUUUAAAUCUAAUUUUGUGCAGGUGUGGACGGUAAGCUCCUAGGGUAUCGCACCCUUUAAUCAUCUUUGAGUUUUAUUCUGUACUUCGACACCCAGACGAAACUUUCUACAUUUUUUUUUAACUUUAAUCUAUAUAACUAAAAAAUAAUCUGGGUAUCAACGAAGGACAGUUCGUUAGGUCGAAGAAAUGAAGCCCUUGGAGCAAGCUCCACGUUGAGGUACACUAUACAUACCAGUUUGAACGUUUACGUUUUCGAUUAAUCGUGGCAAAAAGGGAAAAAAGAACUGCCCUGUUCUAUGUGUGUAAGAACCAUAAAGCUUAAUGAAGAACAUUAUACUAUGAACUUACGGGAUACUAAAUAAAAGUAAGCCAAACCGUU